AUGAGGAGAGUACUAGCCUGUGCGAGGUGCCGGGGCCAUAAGAUUAAAUGUGUGCACAAUAAUCAGCCACCAUGCUCGUACUGCCAGCACAAGGGUAUAGCAGAGAAGUGUGUUCUUUCUUUCCCUCCUACAAAGAAGAGGAAGAAGGCAGUUUCGUAUUCGCAAGAUGCAACAGCGUUUCCUACGGGGUAUGAUCACCAGAAGAAGCUUGAACAGCGGCAGCCCCUCUCCGUUCCAAGCUCGGACUCAAAUCAGAUGCAGCAGCAGCAGCAGAAACAACAGCAACAGCAACAAGAGUCGCAUAUGUAUAAUGAACACACAUAUGGAGCACAAAAACGGAAGAAGCCGCUUCCUAUGGAUGUGUAUCGGGCAGAUAACAAUACUCAGCUUCGUUAUCCCCAACAGCAAAACCAACCACUUUCUUAUGUGCACGACGUAAGUGCGGGUCCGCAGGAGCUUCAUCUACCACAACAAGAGUUUCGACAGAGUAACACUGCUGAUGACUUGCAAAAUUCUCUUUCCCACAUGGAUAAAAUUUUCGAACAGGAUGGGCGUGCAGUUAAGUCGGAAACUAGGGAGCCCUCUUGGAAGUUCGAUCCCCAAUUUUUGUACACUCAAACGAUCUAUGACUUGGCUCGCAGCAUUCCCCAUGAGGUUGUAUUAUCUGCUAUCGAAAGGGUUUGGGAAAACUUCCCAGAGCUCCGUUUCUUCAACAUGGAUAAUAUAUUUGAGGAAAUUUCGAGCAUGAAUCCGGUGUUGAUCGGUGCGAUAAUGGCUCAGGCCUCAUUUUAUUGUCCUUGUACCUCUGUUUCUUCCCCAAACAAGUCUCUUGAAUACCAGUGGCUUGGUGCUGAUGCCUUCAAUGUCAAGAAUCUUGUUUAUGAAAAGUUGGCCAUGGACGCAAUAUUUAAUCGUGGCCUGCUGCUUGCAAAACCGGACAUCGAGAUUGUCAAGGCACUGCUUCUUUUGUGUACUAAUAAAUGGGGUCAUAAUGAGUAUUACAUGUCCUGGAUGGUGCAUGGCUGUGCAGCUCGUAUGAUACAAGUACUAUUCUUUGAUGAAAGCUUUUUACAGAAGUGCAGGGGAUCGCCUGCUUUGCAGGAGACUAAGAUGAAAACAUACUGGUCCGCUUUCUUACUUGAUAGGGUGAUUUGCACAGGUGAAAAUCGCUCCUUUGUAAUUCAGGAUUACCAAUCUCACCCACUCCCAUCAGAAAAUAUCAAUAUUGACUCAAACUUGACGAAUAACCUUCCAAUGAAUGAAGAUCUGGAUUUCUCACGAAAGAAACAAAACGGGCAAUACCUUACCCUAAGGAAUUUUAAUUCAUACUUUUCAAAGUAUCCUGCUACGAUCACAAGUAAGAGGCAGGCAUUCCUGAUUAAAAUAUACUCUAUCUGGGGGGAUCUAAAUCGUUAUCUAAUAGGUGGGGCUUAUGAUGCAGGUCAGAAUUGCAAACCUUGGGACUCUUCUACUAUAAUCGGUCAACUUUGGCAGGAACUAAAUGAUUGGAGAACGGUACUGCCCCAAGAAUGGUUGUGGUCUAAAGAAAAAUAUAUGGACAAUAAUAGCCCACUGCGGAAGGAUACUAUAUUCCCUAUGAUGAACUGUCUCUAUUUGUUAAGUAUAAUAUUCAUUACUCGGGAGUUUCUUCCAUUCCUCCCACAUUCAGUAGAUAAGCCAGAUGGCUCUAAGUUUGGUACUCCCCCUUCGGAAGAUUAUUGGGAAGAGAACGCAAGGAGGUGUUUUCAAGCAACUCGUGAACUCUGCCAAAUUCUUAGUGCUUUGUUUGACGACGCACUUGUGGCUCCAUCAGAUUUGAAGAUCCCAAAUCCAGUGCUGAAUUCUCCUUUUUACAGUUUUACCGCUUUUAUUUGCAUAAUUCAGUGCAACUAUGGGAUUUACUUCCCAUGGAUGGAUCCUGAUAAUCAUAUAUAUGAGACAGAUGUAAGCAAUCCGCAGUCUCUUGUUUAUGGUUCGAACAAAGUGUUUAGGUUGUUGUGCCUAAAACAAGAGGUGUUUCCUCUCAUAAAAAAUUGGGUAACUAUGGUGAUAAAGACCCAGGAGCUUUAUCGGUUUGUUUCAAAUAAUAGAGAACGUGCAAAAAACAUGAACUGGGCUAGUUCUGAUAUGAAGGACAUCAAGGAAGCGUUGCGGCCAGUUUCGGAGACUGGAUCAAGUGACGAGAAUGGUAAAAGUAAGAAACAGGGGCUAAGUACUACAGGCGAGAAAGGGAGCUCUACAGUUGUAUCUAAAGAUUCAUUACAAUCACAGUCACUAGAACCGUCUCUAGUUGGUGACUCUUAUUCUUCAACUGCACUUGGUUCAGAGAAACUGCCUCAGCAAAAAAUGAUAGGGGCCAAAUCAGGAUUUGGCUCCUUCUUACAACAGAACGGCAGUACUUCAAAUUUUCAAGCGGAUAAAAAAUCUUCCGCCUUCUUACCACCUCAGGUGGUACAUCCUAAUCUCCCUUCUAAACCUACUAAUGGCGAUGGUAUUUCAACUGAUCGACGGACGGGGAGUAUUUCUGAAAAUACUCAACUUGGCCAAUUUAAUUUAUAUGGGAAUAACAUUGACCUGAAUAAUUUUAAUAACGUCCUUUUCAAAACCCCUGAUAUUAAUGUUGCGAACUUAGAAGUGGAGCCAGAAACUGAUAAAUUAACUUUGUUAUUCAAUGACCACGAAUUGGAUCUUUUACUUCAAUUCCCAGUCUGA